GUGUAAAUGUAUAAUGAAAACUUGGCGUCUUUGCUUGUUUUAGUUUUUUCUAUGGUCCUAGCGUCCCAAGCGAACACACCCUUUUAAUUUUUUACUCACUAGUCUCAACUACUUACUCGUUCUCAGGAGUCAGGACGUCUUCGAAAUCCAAAUUGCCGUACCGUAGGUAUUUAUCAUUUGAAAUUUAUAAAUUUAGUAUCUGUACUUUGUACGCGUGAUCAAGAUCUCCGUUAAUUACACGAAAAUUGUAAGAAGAAAAUAAGGUAUAAUUCAUUUUUACAGCUAUUAUUCAAUUGUCAUUAUUGUAAUAAUCAGUGCUUUCGGUCCGUGAGAAUUUACUCGUUUGAAAUGAUGCAGAGUAAAAUUUAUUUCAUCGCUCCAUUGUUUUAAAUCAGUAAAUCUAUGGAACACCGUGAACCCUAGUACUAUUAUUAUUAUUAUUAUAUGUGUAACCUAACCUAAACAAAUGUUUAAAAUAAUAUUACAGUCUUAUGAAAGUAGUAAAUAUUAUUGGAGUCUACGUCAUUUCACCCCGAUCAUUUUGUGACGCUCUGUUGUAUUGUCGACACCGUGUUAUAACAGCUACCUACUACAUUAUAGGUAGGUAUUUGAUGUUAUACAUUAUUAUGAGUCUCUGACAUUUUUCCUUUGAAAUAUAAUAAUACCUUCUCCCACUCGAUUUUUUUACACAUUUUGACCAUAAUAAUAACAAUAAUUGAUUCACAGAAAAAUUAAAUAUCUAAAAAAUAUUUUUAAAAUAAAAUUGUAUGAUUGUAUAUUAAUUAUAUUGCUAGGUACCUGUGAGAUACUUUAAAGUUAAAAAGAAAAAAGUAUUAAUUAUCUAAUUUUCUCAUAACAUUUUAGAUCCUGAGCGUAGCGAUCGAGCUAAUGGUUUUACAAUACUAUUUUUUUAUUUGUUCUAGUCUGUGGACAUGUAUUUUUCCUAGUAAACUUGCUCCGAUUUUUACAUGUAGCAACUUUUCUGAAAGCUCAAGUUGUCUUAAUUGUACUUUAAAAUCACCAAACUUUACAUCACCAAAACUUUUGAGCUACUUAAGCUUUUAAAGAAUUUUAAUUUUUGGGAAUUUUUUUGUUUUAAUUCGGUUACACAUAGAGACUUGAAACUUGGUAAUUAUACUUAUAUUGGACUUACCUAGACGUAAUCAAAUUUUCAAAAUCAUUGGACGACUUUUUUACUAAGCAUUUUGAAAUCAAAUUUAAAUGAAAAUUGCAAAAAAAAAUUACGGCACUUCAAAUUAUGUAUUACUGAAAUGCGCUCGGAAUCUUCUUUCGUCAAGCAAUGGUUUAUAGUUGCUUACAGAUAAAAAUGAAAAAACUUUAUGUAUCCUACCUUCCCAACUUUUCACCUACAACAAUGGCCGCUCACAUCCUCAGUAUCAGCUCUUUUUUUAAAUAUUUGAGUACUUAUGAUGGUAUUUAGAGAAAUUAUUAUUAAAAAUUCAGCACAAAAUAAGUGAUAGUGUUUCAAAUGCCACUUAUGCACUUUAUUCAUUUUUUUUAUGAAUUCUUCACUAUUUGGCACUAUUUUAGCAAAGGUGAUCAUUUUAUUCACUUCAUUAACGUGAAAAAUAAUUAACUCCCAAAUAUUUUAUUAAAACUAUAGUUUUGUUACUUUUUCCAGAAAGGAGGAAAAAAUUGCAAUUUGUUCCUUUAAUUUUAUCAUUCAUGAACUAAGCAUUUAAGAAUUAAGUAUUUUCCUGUCUUGUUUUAAAUAUUUAACAUGCCUGAUAUCUACGAUAAUUUACUAUUACCAUUUAUUAUUGGCCGCAUUUUUCUAUAAUUAUUAUCACAAAAUGUCAAAAUGCAAUGGUUAUUUUAUUAUUAUAUUUAGUUCAUAUUUUUAUUUUAUGACCCCGUUCGACUGUGUUAAAACCGAUUUUAAGUGAUAACUUCUGUGACAGAUUAGUCUGUAUAUUAAUAUUUAUUUUAAAUGACUAAUCAUAAAAUAAAACCUAGAAGAAAUGGGAUGUUUUAUUCUCAAAGAACUUAAUUUUAUUGUGUUAUUAACACUGUCAUUGUUUAAUAUUUAAGUGUUAUUUUAUAUUUAAAAAAAAUAUAAUAUGAUAUAUUAAAAUUUAAAUUUAAAAACAAAUAAUUUGUUUUUUGAAUAUAAUUCAUUAUUUCAAAAAAAUAUAAUGUUCACUAUAAUCACUUUUUACAGCCCUAUACUUAAGUGGCAACCCUGGUAUUAAUGCUAAUUAUGUUAUUCAUUAAGAAAAUACAGAGAAAUAAGAUUUUAACUUUAAAAAGUGAUGGAAAUAUUGAAUCUAUUGUUAAAGCAUGGGCGGUAGAAGUAUUCAAAAACAAAUUAUUUGAUUGUUGACACUCUUGGUUUUUGACAUUAAGACUUCCUCCCCCAGAAUAGGGCAUUUCCCUUCCCCAAACCAAAACCAUAUUUUUUGAAGGGUUGGAAAAAUUGGUUUCAAUCUUCAUCCAAAUAUAUGAAUGAUUAUUGAGGCUAUAUAAUUAAAGCGAUGCAAAAAGUUUGUGAAAAUUGUAGGUACAUUAAAAAUGUGUUUGUACGUAACAUUUUAAAAUGUCUAGUUAAUAAUAAUAUUAAUAUUUUAUUGCACCAAUAACAUAUUUUCAAUUUACAUCUUAUAUAAGUUAUGAAUAAAUAUUGCAGUACCCCAUAUAAGCAAAGCUUGUGUUAGGGGAGCAGUUCUUAACAAUUAAAGUAUACAGGUGAUCAGUAUUAAUUUAGAAUAAACUAUAAACAGUAAUUAUGUAAAAGAUAAUAGGAAAAAUUAUUAUUUUGCCGUGUAUAAUUAUUAAGUUACAAACAGAAAUUAAAUAAUAAAUAAAUAGUUAUAUUACUAAAUUAUAAUUAUUUCAUUAAUUUUAAUAUAAUUAUCACUUUUAUAAAAAAGAUUAUUUAAUACCUGAUUAAAUUAUAUACAAAAUAUACAAUAUUACAAUCUCAAUAUAAUUAUGAAACUUUUUUUCAGACUCAAUUAUAAAGAAGAAUCGUGGUGAUUUAUUUUUUCAUAUUUUACACUAAAAUAUAAAUAAUUUUUGUAAACACAAAGAAAAAACACUGACCAUAUAUAAUGCAGCCAUAUGGAUCCCACCAGCAAAAUCAACCAAUGGCUCCCUAUCAAGGCUACUAUAACAAUGAACAUAAUAUGCACCAAGUUUCAAACAAUGGUAUGAAUAAUUAUUACCAUAAUACACCUACAACUUCCCAAUUUUCAUAUAAUAAUGGAUUUGAGAUGUCUACAAAUGUACCUUAUGUUUCCCCAUCUACUAAUACCCUUAAUACAAGUUUCAGCAAUAAUGAUUAUAUUCCACAGAAUAUACAACCUACAUUGUCUUAUCCUUAUAAUAAUAUAAUUUCACCUAAUCCAAAUGCCUAUUUCAAUAAUGCACCAAUGGUUAAUACUAAUGUAACAAAUUUCAAUACGCAAAUUUCUUCAGGAACUACUACGUGUUACCAAGACGAAAAAUUUACUCAUAAUAUGCCUUUACAAGUUAAUUUGUCAAACAUUAAUUAUGGAUCUCUAGUUAAUGAUUCAAAUAAUCAACAUCUAUCUAAUUCAAAAAAAGAUGACGAAUGGUUUGAUUUAACAAAUAAGUUUUUAAAUAAUCCCUCAAAAACUUCUACUCGGAAUAUUUCAUUGCCGUCUAACAGUCAUCAAACAAAUUUAAAACAAAAACAUUCAAAAAAAAAUCAAUCUCUUAUUAAUAAUAAUAUGAGAAAAUCAAAAUUAUUACCUAGAGCAACAAAGUCAUAUAUAGCAAAAAAGUCAUCUGUAGCAACAAAAUCAUCUGUCGCAACAAAAAUGUCUGAAAAAUUAUCUAUUGAACAAAUAAUAAAUAAUGAACAAAAAAAGCAUUAUCACUCAUUUAAAUCUGAUUUAUUUUAUAGAAAGCUUAAAGACUCAAAGGUUUCAAUAGCAAAUGAUAUAACAUUAGAAGGAUGUAAUGAAUUUGAAAGAGUGUUAGGAAAACGUGCUACAGAUGUGAAUGCAUUAAAACCAGUAUAUAACAAGCCUUGUAAAAGUAAUGUUGAUAUGUGUAAGCAUAAGUGUAUAAAACGUAAAAACUGUAAUGCAUAUGAUUCUUGUAGUUCAAGUGAUGAAGAUUCAGAUCAUGAAAAUACCACAUUAAAAGAACUUGCUAGAAAAGGUGCACAUCCUGACCGGCUACAUCCAGAACUUUGGUAUAAUGAAUUAGGAGAAAUGAAUGACGGGCCAGUUUGCAGAUGUAGUUUCAAAUCACAGAGAUCUGGCAUCCGCCACAAUAUUUAUAUUGGCGAAGGACCAUUUGAACCUUGUUCACCAAAUACAAAUAAUGCCAACAAAUUAUAUCAUUAUAGAAUUACUAUUACUCCAAGCACAAAUUUUUUACUUAAAUCUCCAACAGUUAUUGAACAUGAGCGUAAUAAAUAUAUUUUUGAAGGGUUUUCAUUGCUAUCACAUUAUCCUAUUCCCACAUUGCCUACAUGCAAAAUUAUCCGAUUCAAUACUAAUUAUGCUAUAGUAUACAUUAAAGAAAAGAUACCAGAUCAUUUUGUAGUACAAGAGUUGAAACUAUUUUAUGACUUUCUCUUCAAAGACAUAUUGGAAUUGGUAGAUUUAGAUUUACAUGCUGUAGGCAAUAAAGAUGGAUGUCCUGAAUUUCAUUUUAUGCCUAGAUUUGUAAGAGAUUUGCCAAAUAACAAUAAAGAAUUACUUCCUAUGUGUAAUGUUCUUAAAUAUCUUUUAAAUAGCAAUAAAUUACUUUUUGAAGAAAACUCAUUGCACGCUUUAAAAAAAAUGUCUAAUAAUAAAUGGCAAGAUAUUGUAGAUGAAUAUAAAGGCAUGAUCAUUACAAACCCAGAAACUAAACCAUGUUCAAUACGUGUCGAUCAACUAGAUAGAGAAAAUAAAAAGGAGACUGAUAAGAGAAUUAAAUUAUAUCCAGUCGUCGUUCAUUUUGGUAUUAGACCACCACAAUUAAGUUAUGCUGGUAAUCCAGAUUAUCAAAAAGGCUGGAGAGAUUAUGUAAAAUGUAGACAUCUUCUUGCAAAUAUGCCUAAACCAUCUUCCGAGGAUAAAAGAAGACUUGAAAUCAAGGAAAGAACAUUACAAGAAAUGAGGUCACAUAAUAAAAUGAAACGUGGAGUCACAGCUGCUAUUACUAGUAAAGGAUUUUAUAAAACUGGUAUCAUGUGUGAUGUAGUUCAGCAUGCAAUGCUUUUACCAGUACUCGUGUGCCAUUUUAGAUUUCAUAAAAGUUUAGAGUACUUAGAAAAAUCAAUAGGAUAUAAAUUCAAGAACAAGUAUUUACUUCAAUUAGCUUUAACUCAUCCAUCUUAUCGAGAAAAUUUUGGUACAAAUCCUGAUCAUGCAAGGAAUACUCUUACAAAUUGUGGUAUAAGACAACCAGAAUAUGGGGAUAGACGUAUUCAUUUUAUGAAUACAAGGAAAAGAGGUAUUAACACCCUUAUAAAUAUUAUGUCACGGUUUGGUAAAAAAUCAGAAAUGGAAUCAAAUAUUAUGCAUAAUGAACGUUUGGAAUUUUUGGGAGAUGCUGUUGUUGAGUUUGUGUCUUCUAUACAUUUAUUUAAUAUAUUUCCUGAUAUUGAGGAGGGUGGUUUAGCAACAUUUCGAGCUGCCAUUGUGCAAAAUCAACAUCUCGCUAUUUUGGCAAAGACUUUAAAAUUGGAUGAUUUUAUGUUAUAUGCUCAUGGUUCAGAUUUAUGCCACGAUUCAGAACUUAAACAUGCAAUGGCUAAUUGCUUUGAAGCUUUAAUGGGGGCAUUAUUUUUAGAUGGAGGAAUAGAAGUUGCAGAUCGUGUAUUUGGAGAAACAUUUUUUAAGGAUUCACCAAAAUACCUUGAAAUAUGGGUGAACUACCCUAAACAUCCAUUACAACAACAAGAACCAAAAGGGGACCGUAAAUGGAUUAAAACAUUACCAUUACUCCAAAGAUUAACUUGUUUUGAAAAUUCUAUAGGUAUUAAAUUUAAUCAUAUCAGAAUAUUAGCAAGAGCAUUUACUGACAGAAGUGUGGGUUUUACAAAUUUAACUCUUGGAUCAAACCAACGACUUGAAUUUCUUGGCGAUACUGUUCUUCAGUUAAUAGCAUCAGACUAUUUGUAUAAGUAUUUUCCAGAACAUCACGAGGGUCAUUUGUCACUACUCCGUAGUUCUUUAGUAAAUAAUCGAACUCAGUCUGUAGUGUGCGAUGAUCUGGGCAUGGUAAAUUAUGCAUUAUAUGCAAAUCCAAAAGCAGAACUGAAAACAAAAGAUAGAGCUGAUCUUCUAGAAGCAUUUCUUGGUGCCUUGUAUAUAGAUAAAGGUCUUAAACACUGUCAGGCAUUUUGUAAUGUUUGUUUUUUUCCCAGACUACACGAUUUCAUUCUAAAACAAGAUUGGAAUGACCCAAAAUCAAAACUACAACAAUGUUGUUUAACAUUACGAUCAGUUGAUGGUGGAGAACCCGAUAUUCCCAUUUAUAAAGUAAUUGAAUGUACAGGCCCAACUAAUGGUCGAAAGUAUACUGUAGCUGUUUAUUUUAAAGGUGUCAGGUUAUCACAGGCAAAUGGUCAUAGUAUACAACGGGCUGAAAUGAAUGCAGCUAAUAGUGCUUUAGAGGUAUCCAAAGAUUUAUUUCCACAACUGGAUCACCAAAGAAAAGCUAUAUCAAGAAGCUUGCGUCAUCAAAGUAAAGAUGGUAAUACAAAUGUUAAGGAUAUCAUAAAAAUUUUAGAAUCACAUUCAUCCAAAAGUGAUUCACACCUAAGCGAAACAGAAAAAAAGAAAAAUAAAUUACACAAAAAACUAUUAGCAGUAUUAUGUUCUUGUGAGGAUUAUAAUGAAGAUGACAAAAAAAAAGAAGUAGAUGAACCAAAACGAAAAAAAAUUAAAAAAAAACCAGAAUGAAAAAAUUCAAUUUUUGAUUUUUUGCAUUUUGGUGUAAAUUAUUCUUUUUACUAAAUAUUUUUUACACCUGAAUGUGGAACUUCAUUAAUUACAUCACAACUUUAAUUUAUUUGUAUAACAUUUACUAUCCAGAUAUAUUUGUCUCUACAUAAAUUUAAUUCUUUGUUUGUUUUAAAAAAUAUAUAUGUACAUUUUUUACAGUAGUUGGAAGUAGCAUGCUAUUUGUAGCAACAUUAUUGUAGCGUGUUACCUUUUUUUUAGCUAUAUUGGUAGUGUACAGUUUUAUUUUGAUAAGUAGUAUGUAAGGCGAUAACACUAUUUUUCUUAGGAAAACACUACAAGCUGUACUUUUUAUCAAAAUAGAAUUGUGAAUUUAAUGAAUUAUAAUAUAAUAUAAUUUGUAGUUAUACUAUUUUUAUUCUAGUCUAUAGUAAAAUAAUAUAUGUAACUAUAGUUUCUGUUUCCCUUAUUGGAGUCAUCAAAUGUAAAUAAAUUGUUGUUAUUAUAUUGGAAGAAUUAAUAUUUUAAGUACUACAUUUUAUAAGAUUGACAAAAAUAAAAGUUUCCUUUUACAAUUUGAAAAAAA